UAAACAAAGCAAAGCCUCUGGCCGUCCCCCACCACAGAGCUUCACUGUUGCGUGAAUAAAAUAAGAACACAUUAGCCACCACCACCAGCUGAAGCACAGAUCGCUUCUCGGAAAUUACUCUGAAAUCCAUCGGAGCCCUUUCGAGAUUUAGAGAAAUCAAUAAGGUUUCUGCUGAGUCCCCAGUGUUGAGAGCGAUACCCGACUCCACAUUGACGGAGGUCUUUGAAUUAGGUUUUUUGAAAUUCGAAUAUGUGGGGAUUUGGGGGAAGGUACUAUUGGGGAAAGAAACAGAGGGAGAGGGAGAAGGUGGAAGGAAUAGUGGUGGUUUUCGCAUGGAUGUCCAGUCAGGACAAGCACUUGAAGAAUUAUGUUGAUCUAUACUCCUCGCUUGGAUGGAAUUCCCUCGUUUGCCACUCCCAAUUUCUCAAUUUGUUCUUUCCAGAUAAAGCUUCGUCAUUGGCACUAGAGAUUGUUAAUGAGCUUGUUCAAGAGCUAAAGCUCAGGUUGUGCCCUGUCGUGUUUGCGUCGUUUUCCGGGGGCCCUAUAGCUUGCAUGUACAAGGUUCUUCAGAUUAUCGAGGGAAACUUUGAAGAGAAAAUCAAUACGGACGACUGUCGGCUCGUCAGAGACUGUGUUGCCGGCCACAUUUUCGAUUCCACUCCCGUCGAUUAUGUGAGCGACAUAGGUACUCGCUUUGUUCUUCACCCAACUGUCACCGGAAUGUCACAGCCUCCACGCCUCGCAUCGUGGAUUGCGCACCGUCUAGCGUCUAGCCUCGACGCGCUCUUUCUUACCAGGUUUGAAUCACAGCGAGCUGAUUAUUGGCAAACACUCUAUUCGACGGUUCAUUUGGGGGCUCCGUAUCUCAUACUUUGCUCCGAGGACGAUGAUCUUGCUCCAUUUCAUGUUAUCAACAAUUUUGCCGCAAGGCUUAAAGACCUCGGAGCCGAGGUGAAGUUUGUCGCAUGGAAAACCUCAUCGCACGUAGCUCAUUUUCGAAAUCAUCCCGAAGACUACACGUCUGCCGUCACUGAGCUGCUUAGGAAAGCUUCCAAUGUUUACUCUCAAAGAAUUCGCCAACUCGAAGGGGAGAAGAUGGGCGUGGAAGGUAGUACACGCGACGACGAGAUUUCCGAUCCAUUCGGUAGCCUGAAGAAAGCAGUGGCGAAAUCAGAUCAAAGUUUCCAAAGAAUCGCCCUAGAUUUGAAUGACCACUUUCUUGUCCCGAGCUCUGUGGAUUAUCAUGAAGACAGGGCUGUCGGAUCGAUACAAGACGAACACAGAGAGCGAUAUAUCCCUAUCUCCAGCCCGCCUAAAAUCAAUGCCCACGGCGUGCUCGGUCAGUUCCUGUUUGAAGCUUGUGUCCCGAAGAACGUCGAAGACUGGGAUUUGAGCUUGUCGCACUCUUUAAGAAGAGGGCCAUUUGCUUCGAAUCGAAGGAAUUCUCAUUUCAAUCCUAUAAAGUGCAUCCUACGAUCGCGGUUGUGACAGGUUCUGCCUCCGAUGCUUCUAACUCUGCCCGAAAUCCAUGUUCGAAAACGCUUACAUUACAUGUAGAUUAAAUAGAUUACAGACAACCCUAUUUGUAAACCUAAUGUGUUUAUGAGGGAUGAGUUUGUUUUUCCA